UAAAUUUUAAUGUGCGACAUUUAAUUACUUUUAAAGGAAAUAUUAACUUUUAGUUAGUUACUAACUAUUCUGUCGUGAUACAUUUACCCAUUAAAACGUAACGACAUUAUUAUCAACUACUACGACUAGCGUCUGGGAGCCUUCAAUGUCACGUUUGUGGUCUUUGCGUGGCUAAUUUGUGUUAAGUUUUCAUACAUUUAAAAUGUUUAAAUUUACUUGUUUGGUCGUAAACUCUUUAGGUACUGUUUGCCGACAAGCGGCCGCCAAUGGAACCUCGUUAAGCAGUAGGACCUUCCAGAGCGCUGCCUUCAGGCUCCAGGAGGCCGCAGCGAACAGCCAAGACUCCGCUGAAGCCUCCAGAGACUUCAGCCAUGUCCCUCCACUGCCCGGCCAGGACAGUCCACUCCGGUGGGCCGGAAAGAAGUUUGAGGAGUUGCCCAUACUACACAUAAAAGCCACGUAUAACAACACACACAUCCAGCUGACGGACUGCGAGGGCCAGUCCUUGGUCAGGACCUCGUGCGGGACGGAAGGCUUCAAGAACAUCAAGAAGUCCACGCCGGUCGCCGCACAGACUGCCGCCAUCUCCGCUGCGGCCAAAGCGACUGCCAAGGGCGUGACAUUUGUUCGUGUCGUUGUCAAAGGUCUUGGUCCAGGACGCUUGUCUGCCAUCAAAGGUUUGAGCAUGGGGGGCCUGGAGGUGGUCUCUAUCACGGACAACACGCCUGUGCCACACAACGGCUGCAGACCGCGCAAAGCCCGGAGGAUGUAAUCAUAUUUUUCGAAAACAACAAAAACAAACAACUUCGUUUCAAACGUCUUGACCACUUGUGACAAUAAAGCUACAUCAGAACAACAUGUGGACACGGCUGGUCGUCUUGACGACCCAAGCAGCAGGCGGAUCAUGGAAGCCAGGAGACCAAAACAACCUUGUACCACUUUUUAUUUGUAUAUACAUGAUGCACUGUUACCGAGAAAACAACAAAAAACAACUUUUUGGAUCUUCACAUAAAUAUAUAAAGUGGUGUGUUUCUAUUUGACAGACUCCCUAAUGACAGACUCAUUCAGGAAUUCGUGAUGUGCAGCAAAAUGGAGGACGCACACUUAAUGCUAAGUUAGCCCUUCAUAAGCAACAUGGUCAUCUAUGCACAGUCCAGAGAUUUAAAAAAAACAAAAAUGUACUUCACGCCCAUUAAGAUGAUCUGAUAUAAAGUGCAUUAAACUGAUGGCAUGGCAGGGAUACAUUGGACAGCAGAACGGUUCCACGCAGGUGAUGCAGAGAAAGUCUUCAAAAAUAAAAUGAUUCUGGACUGCA